UGAACACGAGAGUCUGGGAGCCCUUCACUGCCCUUCCGGAACAGGAAGGGUCUUCCGGAGGAAAGCUGGAGGAAGCCUCUCCCGGCACAGGAACACAAUCUUCCGGCAGAGGAGGAAGACGACGAAGACUCCACCGGGAAGGCGACUCGAACACGCGGUAGAGCGAGCGAGGCGUGCGGGACGCGAUGCCGACUGUGGAAGUGAAACGCGAGGCGCUGCUCAAGGCCCUGGGGCGCGUCUACACUGACGAGGAGUUUGACAAGCUGUGCUUUGAGUUUGGUUUAGAGUUGGAUGAAGUGACGUCGGAGAAGGAGCAGGUGAGCCGCGAGCAGGGCAAGGAGCGCGCCGUGGGAGCCUCCGAAGAUGUCAUCUACAAGAUCGACGUGCCGGCCAACCGCUACGACCUGCUGUGCGUGGAGGGGCUGGCGCGCGGCCUGCAGGUCUUCAAGGAGAGGUGUGAGGCCCCAGUGUAUCGCCGCGUGGAGCCAGCCGAUGGCAAGAUGCAGCGUCUGGUCAUCUCACCAGAGACGGCGUCCGUGCGCCCGUACGCCGUGGCCGCGGUGCUGAGGAACAUCUCUCUCGACAAGGAGCGCUACGACAGCUUCAUCGAGCUGCAGGAGAAGCUGCACCAGAACGUUUGCCGGAAGCGCACGCUGGUGGCGAUCGGCACGCACGACCUGGACACGGUGUCGGGCCCGUUCGUGUACACGGCGAGACCCCCGGCCGAGAUCAAGUUCACGCCGCUCAACGGCAGCCGCGAGCACACGGCCUGCGAGCUCAUGGAGCUCUACCGGACCGACAGCCACCUCCGUCACUACCUGCACAUCCUGGACGGCCGCCCCCUGUACCCCGUCAUCGUGGACGCUCGCGGAGUCGUGCUCUCCAUGCCGCCCAUCAUCAACGGGAACCACUCGAAGAUCACGCUGUCGACGAGGAACGUCUUCAUCGAGUGCACGGCCACCGACCCCUACAAGGCCAAGGUCGUGCUGGACACGUUGGUGGCCAUGUUCAGCGAGUACUGCGCGGAGCCCUUCACGGUGGAGGCGGUGGAGGUGGUGAGCCCCGACGGACAGACGACCCUGUUCCCGGAGCUGCCGUACAGGACAGAGGUGCUGAGUGCCGAGUACAUCAACUCUCGCGUUGGCAUUCGCGAGUCCCCGGAGCGGCUGGCGCGCCUGCUCACGCGCAUGUGCCUCAAGUCAGAGGUGGCCGCCGACGGCUCCCAGAUCUGCGUGGAGGUCCCGCCGAUCCGCUCCGACAUCAUCCACGCCUGCGACAUCAUGGAGGACGCCGCCAUCGCCUACGGCUUCAACAACAUCGCCCGCACCAUCCCGGCCACCCUCACCAUCGCCCACCAGUUUCCUCUCAACAAGCUGACGGACCUCCUGCGGGUGGACGUGGCAGCCGCGGGGUUCACGGAGGCGCUCACCUUCGCGCUGUGCUCCCACGAGGACGUGACGGAGAAGCUGCUGCGGGACGUGAGCAGCACGCGAGCCGUGCUCAUCGCCAACCCCAAGAGCGCCGACUUCCAGGUGGCGCGCACCACUCUGCUUCCCGGCCUCCUCAAGACGCUCGCCGCAAACCGCAAUAUGGCGCUGCCUCUCAAACUCUUUGAGAUCUCAGACGUCGUGCUGCAGGACUCAAGCACAGACGUGGGCACGCGUAACGAGCGCCGUCUCUGCGCCGUCUACUACAACAAGGCCCCGGGCUUCGAGGUGAUCCACGGCCUCCUCGACCGCGUCAUGCAGCUGCUGGCGGUCGCGAGCCGGAGCUCGGCGCAGGGCAACGACAAGGCCUACCACAUCGCGGCAGACCAGGACCCCACGUUCUUCCCAGGGCGGUGUGCGUGCGUGCGCGUGGGCUCCGCGCCCGUGGGCCGACUCGGCGUGCUGCACCCGGGCGUGCUCGCGCAUUUCGACCUCCCGCUGCCGUGCGCCGCCCUCGAGAUCUCGCUGGAGCCCUUCCUGUGACGCGGAAGGGGGGGGGGGAGGCCGCUCGACGCAGAGAGCCGCCGUCGGUCCGUAACAAACUCUCCCGCGCAGCCAACGUCGCAACGGCUGCUGUGGUCUCGCAUGAAUUGACCACUUGUAACGUGCCCGUGUCCCUCCAUCCACCGGCCCAGCCGUACCCGCCCUCUGAAUAAAGAAACGAGACACGGGA